GCUUACUCACCCUCCGCUUCCCGAAGAAACACACACUGAUCCACUCUCUCUCUCCCCGAUUCUUCCUUCACCUUCAAGCUCCCCGUCGAAUCGCCCCCCGACGUCGCGCUCCCGAAAUCCCCUCGCCGGACAAACCCUCGGCGAUCGCUCCGGCGCCCUUCCGCCGCCGACGAUUUCCCCGCAUCGCGGCCCGAUUCCGCAUGGCCCGGCGGGGUGGUUCCUGAGGUCGGGAUUUUUUGGGGGGCCCGAGACAUGGAGGGCGGUUGCGAAGGAGGCGAGGCGCGGUUCUGCGGUGUGCGAUUCGGUCAGUCCGAGGCUCGAGCUCAGCGCGGCCGCUGUAACGGUGGCUUCGAGGCUCACGGCGGAGGCAGCAAGAGAUUGAACGGUUCGUCUUCCCUGAUUGUGUAUGCUCGGAGGGUUAAGCCGCGCAAUGGCUUCACCGUGCCCGCCGAGAUCAGCGGAGCGGAGGGUUUCGACGGAUUGCCAGAGAUUGGCGUCGCGAAUGAGGCCGCCGAGGUGCGGCAAUCUGAUGGGACUUCGGAUUUGUCCCUGAGUGAAGCGGAGGUGGAGACCGAUCGAAUCUGCUUUUCUGAUGAAGAACCGGACAGUGGGCUGGUGGAAGUUGUUGUGCAGGAGGAUUUCAGUCGCACUAUAAGAGGACGGCAGUCUCUUGAAGAAACGAAAAUUCUUGAAGAGCUUGAUGGAUUGGUAGAGGUUGUGAUUCGAGAAGAUGGUGGCCAGGACGAAACAGCUCUGGUACAUAAGAUCGAGGAGGGACAGACUCUAGUAGGUGUGUCGCAUGCUGUAGAGUAUGAAGCGAUUUCAAAGGUGGAGGGGGAUGCAAAUGCCGAGACCGCAGGCAUAGCCACUCGAAAUAACCUAGAAUCGAAAAUGUCGAAGACAUUUGUGUGGAACCGGGAAUUGGUGACAGUCAGUGAUCUCUUUGACACUGGUUUGCUGGACGGGGUAACUGUAGUUUAUAUGGGCGGCUGCAAGACGGUUCCUGGGCUUCGAGGAGUAAUCAAAGAUGGAGGGAUAUUGUGUUCAUGUGCUAAGUGCAAUGAGUGCCGAGUUAUUCCACCUUCCCAAUUUGAGAUUCAUGCAUGCGGAGCAUACAAACGUGCUUCGCAGUACAUUUGCUUGGAGAAUGGGAAGAGCCUGCUUGAUGUGUUGAGGGCUUGCAGGGAAGCACCCCUUCACUUGCUAGAAAGUGCCGUUCAAAGUAUUAUUCAUCACUCGCCUGUGGAAAAAUCAUUCACUUGUAGAGGGUGCAAAGGUACGUUCCCUGCAUUCUCUGUUGCCAGAGCAGGGUCUUUGUGUAUUGCAUGUGUGCAGUCAAAGAAAUGUCAAAGCACUCACAAUAACAAAAGUCAUGCAAGGGCUAGGUUAGCAACAACAGUUGGAACCUUGGAGUCCUCCACGAGUCCUUCAAUGAGUGUCUCUUUGCUAGGUGGAAGUGAAGGGAUAAGAAAGACACGGUCUGCAAACAAGCUUCUAAUGCCAAAGUCUGCUGAUAAUGCUUUGGCAGCUAUUUCUUCUCCAAAGAGGACUCAGUGGAAAACAUCCAGAAAGUCACCGAGAGCAGAUCUAAUUUUGAAAGCAUCUAGAAGUGCAUGUGCUUUUAUUUCUCCACAAAUGAAGAAUCAGUUGAAGAUGAAGUUACCGAAAUUAGUUUCAAAGGUCCGGUACAUGAAGAGCUCUUCAGCACCUAUCUCUUUACACAAGAAGAGUCAAUGGAAGAUAACUAUAAAAGAUCAGAGAUUGCAUAAAUUGGUAUUUGAGGAAGAUGGGUUGCCUGAUGGAACUGAGGUGGCUUAUUAUUCCCGAGGACAGAAAUUACUUGAGGGUUACAAAAAGGGUUUUGGGAUCUUUUGCAGAUGCUGCAACUGUGAGGUCAGCCCCUCACAGUUUGAAGUUCAUGCUGGCUGGGCUUCUCGCAAGAAGCCCUAUUCGAAUAUUUACACAUCCAAUGGGGUGUCUCUCCAUGAAUUGGCAAUCUCUCUGUCGAAAGGGCGUAAAUAUUCUGCCAAGGAUAAUGACAACCUGUGCAUUAUUUGUGCAGAUGGGGGGAACCUUUUGCUCUGUGAUGGUUGCCCAAGAGCUUUCCAUAAAGAAUGUGCUUCUCUGACAAGUGUUCCACGUGGUAAAUGGUACUGCGAUUAUUGUGAGAGUAUGUUUCAAAAAGAGAAGUUUGUGAAUGAAAAUGCUGUUGCUGCUGGAAGAGUUUCGGGAGUUGAUCCUAUUGAGCAAAUAACACAGAGAUGCAUUCGUAUUGUCAAGAACAUAGGUUCUGAGGUCACUGGAUGUGCACUAUGCAGAGGUUAUGAUUUUAGCAAAUCUGGAUUUGGUCCUCGAACCAUCAUUCUCUGUGACCAGUGUGAGAAGGAAUAUCAUGUGGGCUGCUUGAGGGAUCAUAGAAUGGCCAGUCUGAAGGAAUUACCAAAGGGGAAGUGGUUUUGUUGUACAGACUGCAGUAGGAUCCACUCCACAUUGCAGGGCCUGCUUGUUCACGGUGAAGAGAAGCUCCAAGACUCUCUUUUAAAUAUUCUAAAGAAGAAGCAUGAGGAGAAAGGUCUUGCAACAGUUAAUAAUUAUGAUGCAAGAUGGAGGCUGCUGAGUGGCAGUUUUGCUUGUUCUGAAUCUAGGAGAUUGCUUUCAGAGGCCGUUUCUAUAUUCCAUGAAUGCUUUGACCCAAUAGUUGAUCCUACAACGAACCGUGAUCUCAUUCCUUCAAUGGUGUAUGGAAGGAGCACGAGGAACCAAGAGUACGGCGGAAUGUACUGUGCAGUGCUAAUUGUCAACUCAACUGUUGUAUCAGCAGGAAUUCUUAGGAUUUUUGGACAAGAGUUGGCUGAACUCCCCUUAGUAGCAACAAAAAAGGGCAGUCACGACCAGGGUUACUUUCAACUACUGUUCUCUUGCAUUCAGAAAUUGCUGAGUUUCUUGAAUGUGAGGAGCCUUGUGCUACCUGCUGCUGCAGAAGCAGAGUCUAUAUGGACAGACAAAUUUGGUUUCGUAAAGAUGGAACUUGACCAGCUCACUAGUUAUAGGAAAAUCUGCAGCCAGAUGGUCACUUUUAAAGGGACAUCCAUGCUACAAAAACCAGUUCUGAGGUGCAGCGUUGAUGAUGCAGGAAUAUGUUAGUUUCGGGAUUUCUUUUUUGAAGUUGUUUAUUGGCAGAGGUUAGUUGGGUUCUCUCUUGUACAUGUUUUUCUUAUCCUUCUUUUAGCGUUGCGAUUUUGUAUAUUAUUCACAAUUUUUGGCCCCUCUGAACCAUGAAAAAACCGGUCACAGGUAUAGGUUGAGAAAAGGGGGGAAUUGGAGGAAGCUUGAACUUUGCUUUUUUGUAAUGCUUAAAGGAAAAACGUUCCGAGUAAGCAAAGGUUCAUUAUGAUGAUGCAUUUCUUUGGAA